UAGAAACAACUAUCAACAAAACACUCCGGGGUGAACAGUUGGUUUGGGGUUGCUGCCAGUUUUUAGGUAUCCACUGUGACUAAUUCAUAAUUUUUUUUAUUAAGGUUUCUGGUAUUUUGAAGUCAGUUAAUGAGAGUCGGUUAGAGCUAGUUGUCACAGACGUUAGUGCCCCCUUAAAAAAUGGCAGUGCCUUUCUCAAAUACUCACCUGCGGGUCCCGCGAGGAUUUGGUAACAUACUAGAGGGACUGACCCAUGAAGUCCUACGAGACCAGCCUGAAGACAUCCCCAAAUAUGCCGCGCAUUACUUCGAAGCUCUUCUAAAAGAAAGAGAAGAGAGUGGCAUGGACCCUGCCGAGUGGGCUGCUAAACUGGAAGAUAGAUUCUACAACAACCAUGCGUUCAAGAGCCCUGAGGUAGAGGAGUGCAGCCAGUCCCAGAAGAAGGAGGACAUUGUGGACAUCAUGGACAUCCCCCUGGAUGAUCCCGAGGCCAACAGGGCUGCUGCCAAAAUUCAGGCUGGCUUUCGUGGCCACAUGGAUCGUAAGAAGCUGAAACCAGAGGGCAAAAUAGAAGAGGAAAAGGAGGAGUGCAGCCGGCCCCAGGAGGAGGAGGACAUAAUGGACAUCCCCCUGGAUGAUCCUGAAGCCAACAGGGCUGCUGCUAAGAUUCAGGCUGGCUUUCGUGGCCACAUGACUCGCAAGAAGCUGAAGCCAGAGGACAAAACAGAAGGGGAGGAGAGACAGGAAGAUCGGGGGCAGUAGAGAGAGACGACACAUCUGUGCCAGAGCAGUGACACCCCUGUCCCGACCUGGAUGAAGAGAAAGAGGCAAAGCAAGGUAGUGAGAGACAGCCGGCAUACGCUGGCUAAGCUGGCUUUCAGGCAGACCUUUUUACCCCAGGAGUCUUUUUUCAACACAAAUUAGCAGUAGAAAAUGAACAGUUUUGAGGGUGUGUUAUGUGAAUCUUUUUUUCCUUCUCUUUUUUUUUUUGUGAACUUUAACACUCCUUCUCUGCUUCUUCAGCAGCCUCAUCAGUACGGAUGUCUUUGACCCAGAAUUUGCAACUCACUGCAUGUACUUGUGAAACUUCUGGUAGUGUGCUAGUUUUUAGACGAUGAUCUGUGAAAGUGAAAAUGAAUGUCCUCUAAAUGCUAAACAGAGCUUUUUUUCCCUUUCUUUCUUUCUUUUUUUGGAUGGAUCACUUCAUAUGCUCUGUGUGUAAACCCCGUACGCAUCACGUUGGGUGAUUAGUGGCUUAAAAAGACUUCUUAUUUUGCAUUGUUUCCUGAUGUGCUUGUAUCUUGACAGUUAUUGACCUAUUUGACUUGCUUACAAGACUGAUUAAAACAUCAAAAGAAAAGUAGCUAUGUAUGUUCUAUUUGUUUAUCCUUUUGGUCACAUGGUUAGUGAAAUUGCUCUUUCCACAUUUCCGAGCAUUUUCUAUAAAUCUGAUCUUCCAGAGCAGUACGCAUGCAGUAAUUUACACUCCUCUUUAUUUGUUUCUCCAGAUGCAUUUGGUACAGCUUUAAAUAAUAACACACUGGUUCAGUAUGCUCUGUUGUUGUGUUGGUGGGAUUUACUUGUUUGACUUCUGUUAAAUCGGGUGUGUAGAAAUCCUUUGUCACUGUGUGCAGAGGCUUCAUGCUUAAAAAAAAACAAACAAAAAAACUGAAUAGUACCUUGCUGAACUUCGGUGUAGAGACGUGGCAUUACACUAAUAAAUCCACCUUAAAUAUUCA